AUGACCUUUGCAACUUCGUUCACGGUCACUAAGGGUUCCAUUACUAUUGAAACACUCGACCAAGGCACUGGUCCUGUCAUCGUCAUCCUUCCCUCGCUGGCCCGUGGUGCAAACGACUACGAUAUUGUCGCCCCAAUCCUUGUUGAGGCCGGCUACCGUGUCGUCCGUCCCCAGCCUCGCGGUAUCGGCAGGAGUCAUGGGCCCAUGGACAAGCUGACACUGCACGACUUCGCCGCCGACGUGGCUAUGGUUCUCGACCACAUCAAUUGCGGUCCGUCCGUCAUUGUCGGCCACGCCUGGGGAAGCCAGCCAGCGCGCAUGCUGGCCGCUGACCGUCCAGACCUUGUCCGCGGCGUCGUUAUGGCAGCUGCCUCGGCGGGCAAGCUCCCACCCGGCUCGACCGAGAAGCCGUUCGGCCGGCUGCGCACGGAGAUUGACGGCUCCGGCGAUAUGUCACUCCCCGAGUCCAAGCGCCUUAAGUACCUGCAAGUGGCCUUCUUCGGACCCGAGGGCAAUCCACGUCUGUGGCUGGACGGGUGGAGCAAAGCCGCGCACAAUGCUCAGGCGCAUGCACGCAUGUACACGCCCAUCGAUGAGUACUUCUCUGCAGGAGAGACUGUUCCGAUCCUGGAUCUUCAGGCUGAGCACGACGCUGUUGUUGUGAAGGGUGUAAUGAAGUCGUAUCUGAGCGAUCGUGUUGAGGUGCAGGUUAUCAAGGGUGCUGGGCAUGCUAUGGCGCCGGAGCAGCCCGAGGCUAUGGCUAAUGCCAUUAUUAAUUUCGUUAAAAGAAUUUGA